AUUCGCCGAGUGUGCGUGAGGAUGGAUCGUAGAUCCCGACCUCAACUAGGGCGCCGAGCUCGCCACAAUUACAACGAUCUGUGCCCACCCAUAGGCCGCCGGGCAGCCACAGCGCUCCUCUGGCUCUCCUGCUCCAUCGCGCUCCUCCGCGCCCUUGCCACCUCCAGCACCCGCGCCCAGCAGCGCGCGGCUGCCCAGCGCCGGAGCUUCCUGAACGCCCACCACCGCUCUGCAGCCCAGGUAUUCCCCGAGCCCCCUGAAUCUGACCACGAGGACACAGACCUCGAGCCCUCCCUUCCCGAGUGCCCAGAGUACCAGGAAGAAGAGUUCGACUACGAAUCCGAGACCGAGUCCGAGUCUGAAAUCGAGUCCGAGACCGAAUUCGAGACCGAGUCUGACACCGCCCCCACCACUGAGCCGGAGACCGAGCCCGAGGACGAGCGGGGCCCCGUGGUGCCCAAGCGCCCCACCUUCCACCAAUCUCUCACCGAGCGUCUCAGCGCCCUGAGGCUGCGGAGCCCCGACGCCUCCCCGAGUCGUGCGCCGCCCAGUACUCAGGAGUCUGAGAGCCCCAGACAACGGGAAGAGCCCGAGGACAAGGAUCCGAGGGACCCCGAAGAGUCUGAGGAGCCAAAGGAGGAGGAGAAGCAGCAGCAGCGCCGCUGCAAGCCGAAGAAGCCCACCCGCCGCGACCCAUCCCCCGAGUCCCCUUCCAAAAGGGGGCCCAUCCCCAUCCGGCGUCACUAAUGGAAGACGCGCCCCGGAUUCUCCUUGUGUUCUUUGACCCAGGUGCUGGAGAAUCUGGUAAAAGCACCAUUGUGAAGCAAAUGAGGAUCCUGCAUGUUAAUGGGUUUAAUGGAGAGGGCGGCGAAGAGGACCCGCAGGCUGCAAGGAGCAACAGCGAUGGACUAUAUAACCCCUAGAUGAUGGCUUCAAUUUCUCAUCUUCCCGGCUAUGUCCUAUCACACUUUGCAUGCUGGAAUUGCCCGUCUUAGGAACUUCUAAUAAGAAUACUAUUCUGUUGUGGGGGGGGUGGGGGGAUGGGGCCCCAACACCUAACCUCUAAAGAUAACUGAAAAAAAAUUAAAAAAAAAAAAAAAAGUAAUCCCUAAUUGACAAAUAUGUAGUGUAUCAACCACCCAAAGCAUCUACAUAAACAGUGAUUGACAGCUUACUGUACCAAAAGUUGGCAUUUGAGAGCUAUGACCCCUCUCUAUUGAACCACCUCCCUAUUGAACCACCACCUGUAUACUUCCUAGAUGCUAUGCUAGAUCCCUGACUGAACCCUACUAAUACCUACUAACAGCCUGCUCUUCUAUCUGUGACUCUGUUCUACAAGUUAAAACUUAAGUAUUAACAAAUGUGAUAAAUAAAAAUUCUCUGCAUGUCUCAGCAAUCCCUGUA